AUGAAGCCAUUUUCGCGACUGAUCCGCUUCGAGUCCGGGGGAGAGACAUUCUUCGCCGAUCUUAGCACAACAUCAGAAAUACCACCAGCAGGAUCAUCCAUAACAGCGUAUCGGACAUAUGAUGAUCUCACAAACACCCAAAAUCCGGUGGAAGUCGCUUUCGGAAAGUUACUUGCUCCAUUGCCACGAGCCGACUUACCUAUCUACUGUGUCGGGCUCAAUUAUCGAUCCCAUGCAAAGGAAGCCAAGCUCAAUAUUCCCAUGAACCCACCGGUGUGGACCAAGCCGCCUGCUGCUCUGGCAUCGGCUGAAGAGGACAUUCGGAUGAGUCGCUAUUGUGCAUCAAAUUUUCCAGACUGGGAGGGUGAACUCGUCUUUGUCACAUCCCGAGAAUGUCGAGAUAUCAGUAUAGACGAAGCAGAGGCAUGUAUUCUGGGGUACACAGUAGGCAACGAUCUCAGCUGCCGGUUUUUCCAGCUUCCAGCGCAAAACGGUGGGCAAUUUUACUAUGCAAAGGCAUUCGAUAAAUUUGCGCCUAUCGGGCCUGUACUCGUCAGCCCAGAGCAAUUCAACAGUGGCAAGAAAACAAAAUUGACGACACGGGUCAACGGGCAAGUUAUGCAAAAUGUUGAGAUUCAAAAGGAUCGAAUAUUUUCGCCGGCGCAGGUUCUUAGCUUCAUGAGUCAGAGCACAACUAUACCCGCGUAUACUGCGGUUAUGACAGGCACCCCAGCCGGCGUAGGUGCAUUCAUGACACCCAAGAGGUUUCUACGGCAAAACGAGGUGGUGGAAGUAGAGAUAGAUGGGAUAGGAAUUCUUCGCAACAAGAUUGUUUUUCCGGAUGGCCAAGAUUCACUACUGUAA